UAUUAGAAAUCCAGCGUGGUGGGAGUGGGGAUUGUUCUGCCGACUGUCGCCGAGUCUCGCCGCCAGGUCCGUAGUAGUCAGAGUAGGGGUUACUACGCGAUUCUAAUUACUAGUAACGCGCUCCUACGGAAUUAUUUAAUAACAUAAUCGAAUUUAUCCCCUUAAGCACUAGCCAUUAUUAUUAUAUAGUUUUGUCAACUUAGUAGAAGGUAAAGCAGCACAGGUGUCCUGAGUGAGUACAUAAUAUACAAUUUUAAAUUUUAAAUUUUAUAACUUUAUAUUUUAGUUUUAAAUAUUCUAUCUCAAUAAUUUUAUAAUUAAUUCGCUGCUUUCUUGCCAUGCAUUAUUCUAUACUGUCCCAGGGAUAAAUAAAACUGAUAUGCCCACCUGCAGCGGAUAGUAAAAAGCAACUUUUUUCUUAACAAUACAAGCAGAAAUAAACAAAUAUGCAGUUAUAAUUUUAAUAUUAUUAACAGUUAUAAAUAUCACGCGCGCAGAUUUUCAAACACAACGAUUCUACCAUGACCGAUACCGAUCCGGACGCGGAUGCCUAUUUUUCGAGCUAUGGCGACCUGGAGGUCCAUAAAUUAAUGAUACAGGACUCGGCUAGGACCGAGACGUACAAAAAUGCUAUCCUAUCUAGCCGCUCGGUGUUCGAGGGUAAAAUCGUGUUGGACGUGGGAGCGGGCACCGGGAUACUGUCCAUAUUCUGCGCCCAGGCAGGAGCGACUAAGGUAUUCGCGGUCGAAGCCAGCAAGACGGCCGAGAUGGCCCGACAGCUAGUGGCCGAGAACCAUUUUUCAGAUACCAUCGAAGUGGUUUACGGCAAAGUGGAGGACGUCACUCUGCCCUAUCAGGUGGACAUUAUUGUUUCUGAAUGGAUGGGAUUUUACAUGUUGCACGAGAGUAUGUUGGACAGCGUUAUCGUGGCGCGAGACAAGUUCUUAAAACCAGAUGGCCUGAUGUUCCCGUCUCAUUGUACACUCUAUGCGUCUCCGUGUGCAUUACCAGAUCUCUAUUCGGAGUGGGACAAUGUCUGUGGUGUUAAAAUGAGAUCAUUCGCACAAGCCCUACGUAGUUUAUACCUGAAUAGACCAAAAAUCAUGAGUGUUCAAGUCGAGAACAUGCUCGCUCAUAAUGUCAGUCCCAUUGUAGAAUUGAACCUUAAGAAUUGUCAACCACAACAGCUUGACAAUAUUGCAGCACAACGAUACUUGACUAUUGUCGAGAAGAGCGGAAUUUACCAGGGAGUGUGUUUUUGGUUUGAUGUACAAUUCCCAACUACCGGUACCACCCUAAGCACUUCGCCUUCAUCGCCAAUAACACAUUGGAAACAGACCAUCAUAGUACUGCCGACACAAAUAGAAGUAGAAGAAGGUGAUGCUGUAAUGUUCAAUGUACAAUUCAAUCGCAACAGUCCAAACUCAAGGCAUUACAGUAUCAACCUAGAAAUGUUAGACUCUUUACACGAGACACAUCCAAACCCAUGCGAUUGCAAUCAAACAAAAUGUAAAAUUAUCAAAACAUUUUUAUCUGUUACAAAAAAUAUUUCAGAUGAUGAGGAUUCAAGUAUUGAUGACCAAAAUGAGGACAUAUCAUAAUUUAUGGUAUUCAAUGUCCAUAAUUUUUUAAUGAUUUAUUAUGACAAUAUGCAUAUUACAAUUGACUGUUAGUUAAAUAUAAGCAAUAUUUAUUACGUAAUUUACCAAAAAAACAAAAAUUAAUUUUAACUUAUAAAAAAUAACUGAUAGGUAUAAACUUUGUUAAUAUUUUUGUCCAAGUGCUUUCUAAGCAAAUUUUAAUGAAUAAAAAUGUUUUUUUUUCUGGUUUUAAA